GAUACGAGGAGGCGACUGUUGGAGGAGAGGGGCUUCAAGAACCCGGUUUUGCUGUUGCACCCGCUGGGUGGCUGGACGAAGGACGACGACGUGCCUCUCGAGACGCGUAUGCUGCAACACAAAGCCGUCCUGGAAGAUGGUGUGCUCGACGCCAAAUCAACUCUGCUGGCCAUCUUUCCGAGCCCGAUGAUGUAUGCCGGACCGGUCGAGGUCCAAUGGCACGCAAAGGCGCGAAUGAACGCGGGUGCAAAUUUCUACAUCGUGGGCCGGGAUCCCGCGGGUAUUCCACAUCCCGAUAGCACCGCGACGCUCGAUGGUAAUCUUUACGAUCCGACUCAUGGUGCUCGCGUCCUAUCCAUGGCCCGAGGCCUGCAGAAACUGGAAAUCAUUCCCUUCAAGGUUGCUGCCUACGACAUGGUCAAUAAAAAAAUGUCCUUUUUCGACCCCGCUCGGAAGCAAGAUUUUGACUUCAUCUCAGGGACGAGGAUGAGAAAUUUCGCGAGAACCGGCGAGCUGCCGCCGAAUGGUUUUAUGGCUCCCAAAGCUUGGGACGUACUUGCAAAGUAUUAUCAAAACAAAUGAACGAUCAACGAUGAAAAAAAAAAAACAAUAUUUUAAUCAAUUGAUUUUUAAACGUUAAGACUAUUUUAUAUCAAUUUGGAAAGCUGAUGAUUAGCGCUGGAGUAUCAUUUUUAAUUAAUAUUGUAAAUACGACACUUGUGCAAAAAAAACAAUAUGUAAGAUAACUCUAGCGAAUCUUAACUAUUUUGCAUUCCAUUUUUGACAAACUU